UUGUGAUGCCCUGCCCUUGCUGGAAGAGAACACAAACCAACCAAGCUCCACCGGUGUUCAAGGUCCACUUAGAUAGCACAACCUCUGAGCAGCUGACGUAGAGAAGUCUUAGAUUACCACACCAGGCUAUCUGAUUACCUUUCCAGCAGGUAUCGGCAGUCCAGCCAGUCAUCACAUGGAUUUGCAUUGCGACCGUAGCUGAAAGGGAAGGGGAAAGCGAAAGAGGCAAAAUAACUGACAUUCUCAAACAGCAGAACCAAAAAAGGGGGGAGCAGGAAAAAAAGAAGAAGAAACAAAAGAGAUGACUUGGAAUGGACGGCGUUUCUUUGCCUGGAUCUGCCUGUUGACUUGGGUGGCGGAGUGCUCGAGUUACAGUUUGCUUUACUGGACGGCCUACGUGAGUGUCACCAGUGACAACAGCACCUACGGGCCCUGUGAAUGCGGCCUGUACGGACAGCACUCCCCCUUGCUCGCCGAGAGCGGCCUGCUGGUUCUGCCCAACGAGGACCCCCUGGCCUGCAACCACACCACCUUCAAUGCCACCCAGACGCCCUGGAUCGCCCUCAUCAAGAGGGGCAACUGCACCUACACGGAGAAGGUCAAUGCCGCCAAGAGGUACAAUGCUUCUGCGGUGGUCAUCUACAACAUUGAUGGCAGAGGCAAUGACACCAGUGUCAUGAGCCACCAAGAUGCGGAAGGCAUCGUUACCAUUAUGAUCGGCAACGAACUGGGCAAAGACAUCGUCUCUCAAAUACGGACGGGAGCGGAUGUCUACAUGACCAUCGACCUGGGCAACGUGCACGGCUCCCUGGCCAACCCCAUCUGGAUCUGGAUCAUGUCCUUCACCUUCUUCGCCAUCACCGCCAUCACCCUGGUCUACUUCACCAUCGUCACCAUCAAGAAGAUCCAUCAGUACAUUAUACUGAGGAGGGAAGAGAGACAUCUAAAGUCUGUUGCUGAGAAAGCAAUCAAAAGCCUGCAGGUUCGAACACUGAAGAAAGGAGAUGAGGAGGUGGGGACGGACAGCCAUACCUGUGCAGUGUGCAUAGACGGCUACAAGCGGGGGGAAGUGGUCAUGAUCCUCAGCUGCGGGCACUUCUUCCACAAGGCCUGCAUCGAGCCCUGGCUGCUGGAGCAUCGCACCUGCCCCAUGUGCAAAUGCAACAUCCUGGGAGUCAAGACUGUGGAUGAGGAGGUCAAUGUUGGGUCCAGCACGUCGCCACUAGAUGUCAGGUUUUACCCACCAUCACAUACAGCCCCACUAGAUGUCAGGUUUCAGCCAGCCAUGCGUCAAGACUUAUAUGAGAACUCUGACCCAUUUUAUGAGACCUUCGACGAGGUGUCACUGACCGACCCUGAGGAGUCUGACCCAGCAGCACCACAACAGAGGCAGGCACCCAGUGAAAGUGAACCCAAGCAAGAGCCACAGCAGGCUAAAGAGGCUAAAGAGAUUCACGACAACGCAGCUUUUGAAGGAGACUCCAACAGCUUGGAUUUAAAAUGA